AUGGUGUUAUUUGGGGUUUACACCGUCGAGUUUGUAUGUGAAGCGGCUAACCAUGUAGCCAUUUACAUCGAAACCCAACCCAGAGCCGAUAGAGGGCGUCUGUACCAUGUCACCGGGGAUCUUUUCCACAGUACACUCUACGAUCCAAGACCUACUCAGAAAAUAUUUUUGAUUGGAUCUAUAUGCGAGCUGGAGUGCUGUCGAGCAGUAGGGCCGCUGCGAAUCCAGUUGACGUUGCGUGGAGAACAGUUGUAUCCUGAUACAUCUCUUUAUCAGUGCGGAGAAUGGGCUGAAGAUUUUAUGGCUCUAGCGUUUGAAAAGUGCAUCUUUCAAGAGUAA